CAAACGGGUCCCCAAAAGUGCUCGGAGCCAAUGAGAGCGCGCGGCGCUGCUGAGCCCGCGCUGCUCCGGCCUGGCGCUCCCAGCGCAGCCCCAGCGGCUGCUUUGGGGCUGGCGGCACCUGCCCGGCGCUGGCCAUGGGGCGAGGGGCGGCAGCUGGGGCCGCACUGGUGGCACUGGUGGUGCUGGGAGCCCCCCCUGGUGCGGGCGCGGAGCUCUCGGAGGUGUUCCAGUACAUGGUAAAGCGCGAGUGUCGCUUUAUUAACGGCACGGAGAAGGUGAGGUUCUUGAUGAGCUUCUUCUACAACCGGAUGGAGGAAGUGAGGUUCGACAGCGACUUGGGGCGGUACGUGGGGUUCACCCCCCAUGGGGAGAUACAGGCCUGGUCCUGGAGCAGAGACCGGGAAUGGAUGCAGUACAUACGGACCGCGGUGGACUGGUGCUGCCGGUACUACUACAGGCAGAACGCCACUUUCCUCCUGGAGCGCAGAGUGCCUCCAAACGUGUCCAUCUCGAUGCUGCCUUCGAACUCCCAGCCCGGCCCCGGCCGCCUGCUCUGCUCCGUGAUGGAUUUCUACCCUGCCCAGAUCCAGGUCAGGUGGUUCCAGGGCCAGCAGGAGCUCUCUGAGCACGUGGUGGCCACCGACGUGGUGGCCAACGGCGACUGGACCUACCAGCUGCUGGUGCUGCUGGAAACGCCGGCCCAGCGCGGGCUCAGCUACACGUGCCAGGUGGAGCACGUCAGCCUGGAGCAGCCCCUGAGACAGCACUGGGAGAUGCCGCCGGACGCCGCCCGCAGCAAGAUGCUGACCGGGAUCGGGGGCUUCGUGUUGGGCUUGGUCUUCCUGGCGCUGGGGCUCGGCUUCUACGUGCGCAAGAAGAGCUCCUGAGCCGGCAGCGGCCGCAGCCCCACCCUGUGACCUCGGGCCCCCCCGGGACCUCCUGGGCCGUCCCCGCGCUGAUUUUGGGGAGCUCGUGUGUCCCCCCCAGCCCCGCUGUCACUCUGGCCCCGUCCGGCUGCUCCCAGCGUUCCCAAUAAAGCUUCCCAGUUGGA